GGGCUAUGUAAUGGCUAAUUUCUGUGACAACUUACCCCAUACAGUGUGUUUAAAUGAACUGACAAGUAACCCGUUCUCCUCGUUUUUAUCGGGCAACAAGAGGCUCCGGAGAUUCGUUUUUCAACUUGAUCAUUUUGCAUUAGUUUUGUUUUCCAUCUAAACACGCAUUCAUCUGAAGAUGCAGACAGAGGUGUGUUAGAAGAGCGCUAGAGAGUCGAGCUGUAGCUUAAUGCAGUGUUUGCGAUCUGCGACUCCCGCAUGUCUGAGGCACUGACGCGUCACGCAGCGCCUUCUAUUAAAUGCAGAAUGUGACUAAAUUCCCGUUUGCCCAUUCCUCAAUUUGUCUCCACGCGCUCGCGAUGGUCUUAAGGUGAAUUUACGUAAUUCUAGGUGGAAACAAAGACGAGUUGAGCUCUCUGAGCUCGACCAGAUGGAGAGAGAGCAGCUCCCUCACCAAACUCCCCUGCGAUCCGGACGGGAUACAGAUGAAGAGAGGCCAUUCCAUAGCAUUCCCAGUGGUCAGGGGGAAGCGGGGAUUUAUGGUGCUGAUGCUGUGUCGAGCAACUGCUAAGAAAUGUCUGUGGAUUAAUAAUGCACUGCUGCCCAGUUUUUCCGCUGUCGAUCCAGAGGACAGCAGAUGGGACCGCAAAAUAGAUCGGAGGGACCAAAUGAACAGUGCAGUCCAAACCCAUAGGCUGUCCUUUCCUCACAAAAUCAAGACUCAAAACAGCAAUGGAUGCCAUGCCAGAGUAUUCCCUCUUCCUUGUGAGGAUUUUGGAGGAAUUGGAUACUAAGUACAGUACUGUUUCGUACCAAGACCUUUGUAAGUCCCUGUGUGCCCGGUUUGAUUUGGUCCAUUUGGCUAAAUUGAGGAGUCUGCUGUUCUACACAGCAUGCUUGGAUCCAGCUUUCCCCGCAACCUUGUUCAAAGACAAGAUGAGAUGUUCGGUGGAGGACCAACAGUCCAAGAAGCUCAUGGUGGCGGCAGACAUUGUCACCAUGUUUAAUCUCAUCCAGAUGAAUGGAGGUAUGGCCAAAGACAAGCUGCCGAUGGGUCCGAGACCCAAGUUUCACAAGAACCAGUCUUUUGAGUCCUGUCGAUCUGACACAGAUGUGUAUAAAUUCAACGAUAAUGACAGGGUGUACAACCUCUUGGACACCAGGGGACAUCAUGUCUCUCGGAAGUCACCCUGCCCAAAAUCUGACUGCAAUAACUGCCAGCAGUUUAUACCAACCUCAGAACCCAACUUCCGCUUGGGAGUCACCAACAAUCUGAAAUGUAGGGCAGCAUCACUGGAUAAACUGCAGCAUCUGCCACAGUACCCCACCGUGAGUCCUCCGCCGUGCGAGAUGCAGAGCACUUACUUCCCCAUGGACAUCGACAGCGAGUCAACAACUGACCAGGAAUCUCUCCAUGCCAACCCAGGGAUCAAGGAUGUUUUCAUGUCUAGCAGAGAGCCUUUCACCGUGCACUCUUGCGUGCAAAAGCGGAAUAUCUUCAAAGAGGAUUUCCACAACCUUGUUGCCUUUUCACCCAACGUGAUCACUAUGGAGUGCAGAGCGAAACCCAAAGCUGGUGGCGAGUACCAUCACAGGAGGGAGCUGAACAAGCCUCCCACUUUCUUCAAUCACAGUUUCGAGCUGCCGUACAGCAACCCUUACUUUGAACCCAUGAGUUCACCAAUUCAGAACAAAGCACGGGUGAAGCAUGAGAGCCUGGACGACUUGCAAGCAUCCACGUACUUUGGACCUACAACGGUCUCCGAGUGCGUGAGCAGCAGGAGGACUUCUAGCAAGCAUGGAAAACAGCCAGCCUGGCCUGUCAAGAGCUUGAGUCUCAAUACCGAAGAAGGUCCUGACUUUGAGAGGUCGUUUUUGAACAGCAAAGUGGUAAAGGACAAUCACCGUCAUAAUGUCAGUGUCAUGGAAAAUGGCCAGCAAUUUCAGUGUGCAAAGGACAAGCCCACUGCUUCUCCCUCAGGUUUCCCAAAGAAGUUCAAUGGAACCAAAACAAAAGAGUUGACUUCAGUGGCUUGCGGAGCCACUGUUGAGAAAAGGGAGGUUGGGAAAAGGUACAAGGACAAGAGUGUCAACUGUCCAUCAUUUCAGUCGAGCAAUGUGGACAAUGGCAUGAGUGUUGGGACCCAGACAGAACAAUCCGAAACUAGGAAAGCGAAAGAUUACGCCGGCCACAACAAAUAUGGAGAGAGGCCGCCCUUCAAACACUCAGAAGAGGACUCUGAGAUUGUCAGCGACGAUAUCAGUGACAUCUUUCGCUUUCUGGAUGACAUGAGUGUGUGUGACUCUCUUGGAGUUGUGCAGUCAUCGUGCUACAACAGCAACGGCUCACUGUCUCAGGUGACGAAAUCAGAUGGGGACAGCUCACCUGAACGCAACACUGUCAAGCUGGGCAAAACCACCAUCAAGCUCGACCGCCUCUUCCAGUCACUGGAGAACUCAGAUGAUGAGCUCAAAGAUAGCGUCUGCAAACUGGUACUCAGGAUUGGCGAGAUUGAGAAGAAGCUUGAAUCUCUUUCAGGGGUGCGAGGGGAGAUCUCUCAAGUCCUCUCGAAGCUCACUAGACUGGAUGAAAAGAUUCAAGAACCGGAGGCCAAUGGGAAAUCAAGUGAUAAUGGUCACGUGGAACAGAUUAAGACUGACGCGAACCUCUCGCCUCACGUUUUCCAGUGUCACACCACUGGGCACAACAUGAAGGUGGAAAAAAGUCCAGAAUGGUGCUGCUCGGAGGCUGAUGGGAGUGAAAGCCUCAGGGUUAAAGCAUUAAAGAAGACCAUGCUCACUCGCAGGUCAUCCAGGUCGCUAAACGAAGAGAACAGUGCCACUGAGUCCAAAGUGGCCAGUAUCACCAACUCGCCUCGAGACUGGAGGACUGUUUCUUACUCCAGUCACACAGGGGAGGAAAGGAAAGAAAGAGACCGGCAUAGUGAAGGCAAGGACAGACAUAGGAAGCCCAGAGAGACAGAUCGGCAGUAUGAAGCCCACCAGGCCCACCGCUCCUCAAAGCCGCCCAAGGACUCCUACCUGGUGGAGCAGGUGUUCAGCCCACACCACUUCCCUCCCGCCGUCAAGACUCACGUGAAGGGCAGCCCUCUCUACACGGACCUGCGUCUGACCGGCCUCCCCGACGGCAAGCGCUCCCAGCCCUCCUGGACCAUCGAAGAGUACAAACACAACUCAGGAGACAAGAACAAGCUCAGCGCAUUGGACCUGCAGGUCCAGGAGUCACUCAACCCCAACAAUCUGGAGUACUGGAUGGAGGAUAUCUACACACCGGGCUACGAUUCGCUGCUCAAGCGCAAGGAGGCGGAGUUUCGCAGAGCCAAGGCUUGUAAAAUCGGUGCGUUGAUCCUUGCGGCCGCCUGCACUGUGAUACUGGUCAUCGUAGUGCCCAUCUGCACCAUGAAGUCUUGAGGUUUCUAUGGGACUAACAUGGGACUUCAUUUGCGGAGGUCUGUAAUGAGGUCUGAUUUCAGCCACCGGCCUUAGACUUUCCUGAAAAUGUCUAUCGAAAUAUAUCACAACAAAGAGUUAAGGAUUGCAAUU